UUCCGGAAGCUAAAAACGAUAGCUAGCUACUGAAGCACGGUACCUUGGUAUUUUAAUGAUAGUCGCCUGCGCUCCUAUGGGAACAACAUCUCACUUAAACAACCCCACCUCAAAGUAGUACACUUUAACCAUAACGGAGCCGUCCUUCUCUGUCCACCCUGGCGUUUCCUUGUUUCGAUGGCAUUUAAUGAUUAUCUCCCAAAGCAAGAAUGUAAAUUCAUGCACCAAGUCAAAGAAGAGUUGGAAACAUACCUGCAGAAGAGCUACCGCAAGAGUGUGCUCCUGUUCCCCCCUCUACCCAGCAGACUGCGAUACCUGAUCCACAAUCACAUAGAGGACCAGCCAGAGCUCACCACCUUCUCAGUAGGGGACAGCUGGUGCCGGAGGGUGGUGGUCUGCCAUUCUGAGCUCAGGGGUGAUGUAGAGGAAGACACUGACUUGGAGAGCAACAAUGGCUUGUGUGAAGAGCCGCUAAAAUGUAGAAGUAGGGAGGAGAUGGAGUAUAAUGUGAAGCCCAAAGCUUCUAUCAUGUCACGAAGCCGAGGACCUAAGAGGCCGGACAAACCCCUUUAUAUGCCACGAGCUGCUCGGGAGAGACUGUCCUUACAAAACUCAGAGGGACUCUCAGGAGACCAAGAGUUGCCCAGUCCAGCAUCAAGUAGCUAUAGUUGCAUCAGCAGUUCAUCUGACUCUUGUCCCUGUCCUGAAACUACAGAAAACACAAAGUCCUCGUCCACACCCAGACAGGAAUGUCCCCCCAGUGUAACAGACUGUAUCGCCAACGAGGUUGCUGACAGUCCUCAGGUGCAGACGCUGCACGAAGCUGAGCCACUAGUCUGGGACCAGAGUUUGUCCUCCUUCACUGACAUGACUCUGGAGGAGGAUGAGGAGGACAAGGAAGACCUUUCCAGUGUACCCUGCCAUGAUGUAACUGAAGAGAUCAAGGCACACCUGAAAGAGGCAGUGACUGUUUCCAUCAAGCACGUUAACAAUGACUACUCCGUGUAUGUGAAUGUGUGCAUCAAUAUCAACCCAGAUGAGUUUCGCCACGUGAUCGAGAUCUAUGACUUCCCAGCUUUAUUCAAAACAGAUGACCUCCUGGAUGCUUUCACAGAGUACAGUGAUGGUGGAAUGAAGAUCAAGUGGGUAGACAACACACAUGCCCUGGGAGUUUUCUCCAGCGAGUCGGCAGCGAUCCAUGCCCUUUCCAUCUGUCAUCCACUGGUGAAGGCAAGAGCACUGGCUGAAGGGAGCAAAAAAGCCAAGGCCAAGGCCAUAAAAUGGGCAGAGUUUAUCCAGCCGGUGAAGGAACGUCCUCGGACAGACUGUGCCGUGGCACAGCGGAUGGUGACCAGAGCCUUGGGGCUGCGGGGACGAGGCAGAGUGCAGCGAUAUUGAAGGGAAUUGCUAUGUCAAUGCAGCAGAGGUCUGCCUCCAUUCACCGGACCUCUGAAGAGGCUCCACAGUGGCUCCACACAGCUAGCUGGUCAUUAAGAGGAUGACUGCCGUCCAGCUUCACUGGUCAGUGCAGCAGGUUUGCAUGGUGAAGGAGGAGACGGCCAAGAAUUGACCACCACACAUCAACAACAUCCACCCUGCUGAAGUGUCCUUGAGCAAGACACUGAAUCACCACCAGCCUCAAAGCUGCUGUUCUGUUGCUGAACCAAGCCCAUUUGGACAUUAUUGCUGUAUGAAUGAGUCCGAGGCAGACAUUGAUUUCAGAUGGAAAAGGCAGCUGGAGAAAAAAGGGGACGCUCUUAGCUUGUUUUGAUUCGAUUGCCUGUUGCCUUGAAACUUAAGUGCGUUUCAAGGGUGUUUAAUUUCCAGGCAGGGAAAUUAGGUUUCCUUCUCGUGAGGUGGUGAGGAUGCAGGAUUGGUUGCAUAAGUCUACGUAAGUAGUAAGUCUUCUCUAACUUCGUGUCUAAUCCCUCCACAGUUUAUUUCUCAGGAUUUGGUUAAAUAAAUGUAUGACAUUGUGCAUUGUAGUCAUAGCCAGAUUUUUAUAUGGCAUGCACAACUUUAAGUGACAAAUGUAAUGUAGAUCCAUUAACAGAAUAAGAUCUGUUAAAGAUACAGUAUAACACUAAAUAUUGUUUUGAAAAGUCAGCAUUUUAAUUGAGAGAUACAGUUGUACAGAAACACAUAAAUAACAGCAAUGUUAAACUUCAAGUAAUUUCUCACUCCACCUUACAGAAAGUUGGAAGAAACUAGAUUUCAGAAGUUUUUGUUCAAGCAGAGUUUGUGCUUCGGUCACUUCCUCUCUACUGGUUACUGUACUGUUAUUUUUAUGCCAUUCUGUCAUUGACAUGAAACCAAGCUUACCUCUGUAAAGGGGUUGUGUCCAAAAUGCCGCUAAUAUCAUUGUUUAAGUUUGUAUUUAGUAAAAUAAGAUGUUGAGU